GUGCAGUGAUUGUAUAAACUGAAGAAACUGGUCACUAAAAUUCACCCAGGGAUAUCCGUCUUUCCAUUCUUCAGUCAACGUACAAAUAUACCUCCCCGCCCAGCGGUGAUCUCAACGUUUUGAUUGUCGAACACAUAGGUCCGGUUCUAGCUGUUCUCUGCCGUGUAAUUACGCCUUUAGCGGCUUGAGCUGGGCGCACAGUCAGCACAGACCGCGCAGUCUAUCUCUCUAAGCCUGUGGUGGCACUGCGGAUUGAAUGUGCAUUUCCAACAUAACCAACUUGUUCAAAAAAUUGGGAUCUCAUGUGUAUACGAAACUACGCACAACUUGGCAAACCGAUAUCACACGCAUAGGAUGAUCGUACAUCAAGGCGUCAACGUAUAGAAAGAAUGGCAGGCUACGAAAGCAAGUUAUAAUUAAACCUACAAGGCUUCGUAAUUGACAUACGCGAGCCGGGGCGAUUUGGCCUUGGGCGCUUAUCAAAUACGCGGUGUCCCAAGUAUGUAUGAUUGGUCAACUUCAGCCAUUUUUCCGUUGAGUCGAGUCCCGUAGAAUCGAGUCCCGCAAUAAGCCUAAGAAAUUUGUACGUAUACAUUGAGUGUUUGACUAUUAAACUGUACUGAGUACUGCACGUCGUGUGGAGUAACAAGCACUGGCGGCUAUUGUGAUCGCAAUUUGGAGGGUUAGUGAAUUUGGAAGCAGUGUCCGAAACAAUAACAAUGUCUUCUAAAUUCAUAUUUCUCGAGUCAGUGGAUUUGCUGAGUACUAUACCACAAUACCAUCUUGUAUUAGGAACAUUUCUGUUACUCUGGGUUGCAUGGCUGACUGUCAAAAGACGAUAUAAUAACCGCCAAUUGCCGGAAUUGUCCAACGAUGAGGUGGAAAGAAAGAUAGCUAACUGGCAACCAGAGCCAUUGGUGAAGCCGAUCGAAAAAAAGUAUCAUCAUGCUCUAAAACCGAAAUUAGUCUCAACUAAAGUUGGCAAAAGGAUUACUGUUAAUGGCAAGGAUUGCCUCAACUUAGGGACACACAAUUACCUAGGCUUUGUUGGUUCGUCAGAGAUUGAGGAUACCGCUAUCGCAGCAAUUGAAAAAUAUGGAGUUGGUUCUUGCGGACCCCGAGGCUUUUAUGGCACUGUUGACGUCCAUUUAGAAUUAGAGGAAAAGUUGGCCAAGUUUAUGGAAUUAGAAGAGGCUAUUGUUUACUCUUAUGGGUUUACCACAAUUGCUUCCGCCAUACCAGCGUACUGUAAACGCAGAGAUUUGGUGUUUGUUGAUGAAAAGAUCAAUUUUUCUAUUCAGAAAGGUCUUGACGCUUCAAGAUCCAACGUUAAAUACUUCAAGCACAAUGACGCAGAUAACUUGAAAAAUUUAUUAACGCAGCAAGCUGAGGAGGAAAACAAGAAUCCUAAAAGAGCUGCCAAGACUCGAAAGUUUCUAAUUGUUGAAGGAAUUUAUAUGAAUACUGGAGAAAUUUGUCCAUUGCCAGAUUUGGUAAAAUUAUGCAGAGAAUACAAACUGCGAAUAUUCAUCGAUGAGUCUAUCUCAUUUGGAGUUCUUGGUAAACAUGGUAGGGGAGUUACGGAGCACUUUGGAGUCCCCAGACAUGAAAUAGAUAUGAUCAUGGGUUCCUUAGAUUGGGCUGUAGCAUCGAUCGGAGGUUUCUGUGUCGGUUCAUCGUACAUCAUAGAGCACCAGCGGCUGUCGGGCCUUGGAUAUUGCUUCUCUGCUUCUCUUCCUCCAUUUUUAACAUCUGCGGCAACAAAGUCACUUCAAAUAAUGGAACGUAACCCUGAAAUAUUUGAUACGCUCAAACAAAAAUGUCUGCAGUUUGAUGCCCGACUUAAAGAAUUAACCAGUUUUUGUUUAUCGGGAUUUGCUGAAUCGCCAGUUAAGCAUUUGUAUCUCAAAGAGAUACCGAACCAUGCAGAUGAGUGGGAACUACUAAAUCUUAUCUCAGAUAAGUGUAUUGACAACAAUAUCGCUGUUAUAGUAUCUGCAUAUCUCGAAACGGAGACAACUCCACCAAGAUCAAGCUUGAGAAUUUGUGUCUCUGUAGUUUUAGAGGACGUGGAAAUUAAACAUGCAUGUCAGGUAAUAGAAAAGUGCACUGAAGCAGUUUUGUCAUCUGUAAAGUAAUGAAAUUAUAAUCAGACAACUUUGAUUAAUUCCUUUGAUGACUACUAGAACAAAGUUCACCGUUUCAUGUCGUAGUAAUUAAUAUUUUAGUCAUGUAUAUCAUGACAAUCCAUUUGUUUGUCUAACGAGCUUGUUGUACACCAUUGGAAUCCAGGAUCAAUAUUCUUUUAUAAAAUCUCAAUUAAUUAAUUAUUUUCAAGCAGAGCUUGAAGAUAAUCGAGUUUGCUAUCACAACUGUAUCCAUUCCUGAAAUUCAAAGCUUUUCAUGACAAUUCUCUGUCUAUAAAGAUUUAUAAAUCAUAUUAUUUUUCGUAGCUUAAUUAAAUAUCAUUAUAAUCAAGGUUACAAUGCACUGAAAAUCUCUCAAAUAACAACUAACGUGUCAGUAUCGAAUCAGUUGAAUUUCAUCGGUGGUCAUUAAGUGAAUUUAUAAUAUAUUUCUGACAACUACUUACUGCCAGCUAAUGAAAUUCAAACAAUUUGAUGUGUACACUCGCAGUAUACGAUUUUCUGGGAUUAUCAGUAUAACUAUUAGCAUAUCGGUAAAAAAAUUAUUUUUGAAAAGUAAGAUAUUGUUGCACGAUGCACAUUGAUUAUACAAAAAUUCAUUAUUUAAGUUAGUAAACAGGAAUUUAUGCACAACUUAUCACACAAUCUGAUGAUAGAUGCUACCUAAUUUAUAGUCUAUGUUUAAAUCGUGCAAUAGUUACAGGCCUUUUAAGAGUAAUAAAUUAUUGAUAUCUGCUUGUGAUAUGUGACAUUGACUGUACAAUUUCAGUCAAUAUAUGCGGAUACGAUGUGAUUCCUCACAAUAAGAUGUGUAUAUCUGUUUACAUGUACGAGUAUUUAUAUUUAAUAAAGAGAGAAUAUGUUGAA